GCAAUUGACCUGCCGCCCAAUCCCAUUCCUCACAGCCGGAUCGCCUUUACCCUCUCAGCCAAUCCCCUUCCAGAUAUCUCCCUCCGCCUCUGGAGAUCGACGUCGAUGCCACUCUCAAAAGCGCAUCCGCCGGGCCCGCCGCCCUCCCUGCCACCAUCAUAUUAAACUAAUUAUGAGGGCAAAGGUAGAAUUUUGUAGCCCUCCGAGAGCAUGUCGCCGGCGAUGAGGCAUAGCGCCGCCGUGGGUGCCAAAACAGCGCGGGCAUGCGACGGGUGCCUGCGCCGCCGCGCCCGGUGGUUCUGCGAGGCCGACGAGGCCUUCCUCUGCCAGGCCUGCGACGUCUCGGUCCACUCCGCUAACCCCCUCGCACGCCGCCACCAACGCGUCCGCCUCAACACCGCCUCCUCCCUCGAGCCCCCUUCUUCUCCCCCCGCGUGGCUCCAUGGCUUCACCCGCAAGCCCCGAACGCCGCGCGGCAAGCCGCUGGGGAUCUCCAAGGCCGAGCCCCUUGUGCCGGACCUCGAGGCCAUGGCCGUGGCGGAUGAGGAGGAGUUGGACGAGCAGCAACAGCAACAGCAGCUCCUCUACUGCGUGCCCAUCCUGGACCCUGUUAUCGACGAGCUCUGCUUGCAUCCCCUGUUCGCCGACGACGCAAACGCUUCCGGCGAGGAGGUGAAGCCGGCGACUGAGGCAACAGGGGAACUGUGCUUGCCUGGGUCCUCCUCCGACGCCUUCGCAGGGCUUCACCCGUCGGAGAUGGACCUCGCGGAGUUCGCUUCCGACAUGGAGACUUUGCUCGGCCGGGGUCUCGGCGAUGACUGCUUCUCCAUGGCCGAGCUGGGAUUGUUGGGAGAGGAUGAGGAGGGGAGGCGAAAGGUGAAGGAGGAGAUGGAGUUAGACGGCGGCGACGCGGCUUGUGAUUACAGAGUCGACGCCGAGCUCGGUUCGGCUGCGAUGGUUGCGGAAGUGGAGGAGGAGAACCCGUUGGAAAAUCCGAGGAUCAAUCUGAGACUGGACUACGAGGCCGUGGUCGUGGCCUGGUCUUCUAACGGAUGCUCGCCGUGGAUGGACGGCGGUCGACCGGAGCUCGACCCCAACAGAUUACUAUGGCCGGAACUCCACAUGACGGCGGGAGACGGAGGAAGCGCGGAAGUGACGUACUACCCCCUGGGAGUGGCGGCGGCGGUGACGGUGGACGAGGGGAGGGAGGCGCGGGUGUCGAGGUACCGGGAGAAGCGGCGGACGAGGCUGUUCUCCAAGAAGAUCCGCUACGAGGUGCGGAAGCUGAACGCGGAGAAGCGGCCGAGGAUGAAGGGCCGCUUCGUGAAGCGGGCGUCGGCCUUCCCGGCUACCGGUGCACCAGCUGUUUCCUUGUUUUACAGAUGAAACUCCGACGAUAGGUAUCUGCUGCAGAUUUACUACGCAUAUCGGUAUCUACUGUAAGAGGGCAGGUUCACCUCUGCCUCAUGAAGCCUUCUCUUCUUCCAUGGAAGAACAGCUCAAGGUUUCCCUCUCUAAAUAGCAAAAAAACAAAGGAUAUGAGAUUUGUUGCUAUACACUACAUCUGCAUGCUGAAUGAUAUCAGAUAUCUUGCUCACUAUCAAUCCAUGUCUAUGAUAUUGUAAAUACUUUGACCAUGGUGAAUUAUUAAAGAUUAGGAGUAUUUUGUGCA